GUUAGUACAAAAUCAUAAUCCACUCUCAUAUAGUACAUAACCGUUUCCUUGGUGCAGCCACCAAAAUCACUCACGAGAGAUUUUCGCUUCCAUUUCUUUUCAGAGUCACACACAAUUCCAAAAUGGCAUACAUUGUUGACCACGAUCACUUUCACUCUCACCGCCUUUACACGGUUAACGUUCACGGAAACGAUAUCACAGUAACCGUCACCGCCGUUGCCUCCGUCGUCAGAAAGUGGAUUUCCACUACGCUUUUCCUUUUCCGCCGCCGCACCUACCUCCAAUCGAACCAUCUUGUCGCCGGCCUCGGCGUUCAGUGGACUGCUAACGGCCGAUAUCCUCCACCUGACACAUUACAGCUCUGCAUCGGUCGCCGUUGCUUGAUCUAUCAACUUACUCACGCUAACUACAUUCCAAGGAUUCUCCGGAGGUUUCUUGAGAAUCCUGACCACACGUUCGUCGGAUUCUGGAACCACUCCGAUCGCCGGAAGUUGGAGAUGUCGAAGCACGGAUUUGAUUUGUACAGAGAUCCGUUAGAUCUCAGGCAUUACGCGGAAGCUUUAGAUGAAGAUGAUGAUGAAGACCUUGCACGUUCUUCAGUGCCUUUAAUCGUUGAGAAAUGCUUAGGCUAUGAUGUGGAAGAUGAACUGAGUGGUGAAAUCGGAAGAAGUAAUUGGAAUGAUGAAGAUCUGAGCCAUAAGCAAGUCGUUUAUGCAAGUGUUGAUGCUUAUUGUGCUUUCCUCAUUGGGAAGAAUAUCAAAGCUUGGAGGUUUACUGAGUGAUGAAAAAUGCAUAUUCAGAAUAUUUCACAGUUCAUCCAUUACAUCACAACUAGUAUGAGUUAAAUGAUUUUCGUUUUAAAUUUCUUAGGUGAUGAAACUGUUUAUGCUUCAAUAGCUUGUUUCUUUUUUUCCUUCUUGCUAAAAUGGUGAUUUGAAAGUAGUGUAGCUAUUUCCAUAUUAUGCAGUAUGUACUAAUCAAAUUAUCUAUCCACACUGUGUUCUUGAUUGUGAUUGAUUAUACGUUCA